UGCUAACAGUUCAUGAAAAAACUAAAUUUAAGACUUAAAUAUUACAUCAAAUCGAUAAACUAUUUUGAAGGCAGAAAUGUGGGAUUAUUCGCGUAAUCAUGAAUGACACUCUGUACCGGUAGGUGGCGGUAUUGCGCCUGUAGUUGUUUGCCAACCGCGAACCGCCAUGAAAACACAAGAAGAAGAACCAAAGACAACAAAGAUGGCGGCUGCACGUUCGAGUUUUGUUUGGACUGAUGAAGAGGUGGAACUUUUACUUCGUGUUACUUUAGAGUAUAAAUAUUUAAUGUACCAGGAGGACAUUGAUUGGGAGUCCUGCCCGACAAAGUAUGCAGAUAUCCACGAAGCCUUCGUGCGGCGGUAUCCAGCCGGCAGAACGGUGGAGUUUCCCCCACAGCACCGAGGCGACCUCCAGGCACCAGCUGACCUGCAAGCUCAAAGCGAUCCGCUGGAAAUACCGGCAGGCUGUGGGCUCCGGCCGGCCGAACAGACACGGCCGUGUGGUGAUGCUGUACUUUGAGCUUUGCAAGCAGAUCUGGGAUGAAUCACCGGACACGGAGGCAGUAGAAUCUGGGUUAGAGACCCGAGAGGUGGAGGGCAGCUUCAGGAGUUCAUCGGCCGCAGAGACUCCACGUGCUGCUCGGUUCGACCCCGUGGGGGAUGAAGUCUCUCUGAGCGAUGAAAACCUCGGUUCCGAGGUGAAUACAAGACGGAACAUCCUCCAGGCGACGCGCGCAGGCCACCAGAGAGACCAGCUGAAAAGGAAGGUGCUCUCCGAUCCGGCCGUGCAGGAAGACCUCCAGAUUAAAAGACGCAUGUUGCAGUUGCUUGAGGAAUCCGAGAAGAACAACAAAACUAAACUGAACAACCUUUCAGUGCAGAUGGAAAAGAUGUUAGACUCCAUUGAUAAAGGGAUGACUUUACUAAGAACACUCAUGUGUCAGUCACAGAACAACAGCCCACGUCCUGAUGGAAGCAGCAGCAAAGAUACAGAUGUUCACAUUCCUUCAUCUGGACUCCAGACUGAAAUCCAAGCUGCUGCAGCAGAUCACCACUAUCACCACUAUGAAGAGAUGGACUGUGAUGUCUGCACUGGGAGGAAACUGAAAGCUGUCAAGUCCUGUGUAGUUUGUUUGAUGAGUUACUGUGAGGAACAUCUCCAACCUCACUACGACGCUCCACAUUUAAAGAAACACAACCUGGUGAAUCCCUCCAGGAAGCGACAACAAAUCCAUCAGAGAAUCCAGGACCAAGAGAAAGAUGUGAAGCUGCUUCAACGGGAGGUGGAGGCCAUCAAUGUCUCUGCUGAUAAAGCAGUGGAGGACAGUGAGAAGAUCUUCACUGAGCUGAUCCGUCUCCUCCAGGAAAGAAGCUCUGAUGUGAAGCAGCAGAUCAGAUCCCAGCAGGAAACUGAAGUGAGUCGAGUCAAAGAUGUUCAGGAGAAGCUGCAGCAGGAGAUCACUGAGCUGAAGAGGAAAGACGCUGAGCUGGAGCAGCUCUCACACACAGAGGAUCACAACCAGUUUCUCCUCAACUACCCCUCACUGCCAGCACUCAGUGAGUCUACAGGAUCAUCCAGCAUCAACAUCCGUCCUCUGAGACACUUUGAGGACGACAGCAGCUGUGUCAGAGCUCAGACAAGCUACAGGACGUCCUGAGAGACACAGGGACAAAUAUCGAAUUGAGAGUCAAUGAAGAACCAAAGACAAGAGCUGAAUUCUUAAAAUCUUCACAGGAAAUCACUCUGGACCCAAACAUAGAAAACAGAGAUCUGUUAUUAUCUGAUGGGAACAGAAAAACAAUAAAAGAAGAGGAGUCUGAACUCCCUGAUUAUAAUGGAAUCUGACUGGAUGUUGUUUCUGGUUGGUGAUGUCAUCAUGGUUUCCUACCAGAACAUCAGCAGAGCAGGACGAUCAAUGAAUGUUUAUUUGGAUUCGGUUACAGGUCAUUAUGAUGCUACACAGAUAAAAGUUUCGUCACAACAAAGUUAAAACUCCAGUAUCAGGUCCAGUUUCCUCCAGAGUCGUACCUGGAUCACACAGCAGGUAUUCUGUGUUUCUGCAGCGUCUCUGAAUCCAUGACUCUCCUCCACAGAGUCGGUACCGUUGGUUUUGUUUGUCUGUAGAAUUCAUUAAUCUAAACAUUCAGCAGUGAUCAAAGGUCCAGUUGGUUCAAGUGUGUAUUUUAGUUUUUAGUUUAGUCUUUAUCAUUGCUGCCGAGUUAUUUUAUGGAUCAGUAUUGUGAAAACUUUUUUUUGAAGAGCUAUUGAUUAAAAUCGAUGGUAAUUUCCAAAAGGUUGUAGUCAUUUAUGAGCUGAUAGAGAAAUGUCCUCUUUGUUUAAUUGAAUUUGCUGAAGCAUUUGUGGACACAGCUACUGUAUUAAAACACUCUGGAAAAUAGGAAAAUAA